UUUGCUCAAGUGCUAAAAUGGAUCUUGGAGUCGCUCGUGAGCUCCUCUAGCGUGUGACAAAGCCAGAAGACAUUAGUGAGUGGCAGUUCUCCUCUGUACACCUUCCCUGGAAAUGCAAAGCCAGACAGAGCGAAGCGACUUUUGCUGGAAACGAAGAUUGUCUCCCUCUUGCGGGUGAAGACUAUUUUUCACUGUUUGUAAACAUAAAAUUUUCGGAAGGUAUAAGUAAAAAAGGUGGACGUUUACAUGUAAAACGAAUGUGUAUCUGUUCUGAAAAAGACUGAUGCUGGUGUGCCUGCACGUUUUGCCACGUCACUCUUCGCACUCGAUGCUAAUUAGUGAGGGUCUGGGCAAUUAACGCGGCCUGUUUGGAGUGGCCUUGGAUACAGUUUGAAAGCGCCUACAACUUCUUGGUUCGCUAUACUUUAAUGGGCCCUGUGAAAUAUGGAUGAAGAGGCAUCGCUUGAGAGCUACUUUGACCAGUCAAUUGCUGGUUCAUCUGAGUAUAUUUUUGGGGGGGACUUGGGCUUGCAAGGCCCUCCACAGCUGCAGGAUCCCUCCUUCCUGGCCUCCUCAAUCUCUUCCCAGCAGAAAGACCUCUCUGAGGACUUGGACUUGAGCUUUCUGCCUGAUGAACUCGGUGCCCAGGAGGAGCCACCUGACAAUGCAGGUGUCAGUUCACAAGAGGACAGUGGCAUAUACCCAGACUGUCCACCAUCAGAGUUAUCUGGUACAGACCCUGACCCCAGUAAGACUCAACCUGCAGCCUCCCCUUUCUGCUCCCUCCCAAUGACUCCCAUGACACCUAUGACCCCAAUUGCCCCAGUGACGGAAAGUUCAGGAAUCAUCCCACAAUUACAGAAUAUUGUGUCCACAGUAAAUCUGGCUUGUCCUCUAGACCUAAAGGCCAUUGCUCUUCAGGCUCGAAAUGCUGAGUACAAUCCAAAGCGCUUUGCUGCUGUUAUUAUGCGGAUCCGUGAGCCUAGAACCACUGCCCUCAUCUUCAGCUCUGGAAAGAUGGUCUGCACUGGGGCAAAGAGUGAGGAGCAGUCACGGCUUGCUGCGAGGAAAUAUGCCCGAGUAGUGCAGAAGCUCGGCUUUCCAGCCAAAUUUCUUGACUUCAAGAUCCAGAACAUGGUUGGCAGUUGCGAUGUAUGUUUCCCCAUUCGGCUGGAGGGCCUGGUUCUGACUCACCAGCAGUUCAGCAGCUAUGAGCCAGAGUUGUUUCCUGGUUUGAUUUACCGCAUGGUGAAGCCACGUAUUGUCUUGCUGAUCUUUGUGUCUGGAAAAGUCGUUCUUACAGGUAUGAAGAGGUGCUAAAGAUCGCUCGGAAAUUUAUGAAGCUUUUGAGAAUAUCUACCCAAUUCUAAAAGGAUUCAGGAAACAGUGAAAGGGAAAGUGCACUUCUACUUAUGUAUGUAAUGUCAAAAUAAACAGUGCUUCUGUUGCCAUUUAUUAACUAUUGAAAGUUUGAAAAGACACAAUUUAAUCAAACAUGGUGUUGUCAAGGCACAAUUUGUUGUUUUGUAUUUGGUUUUGUCAGGAUUUGUGAAUUGUUGUCAUUUGAGUGCAUUAUGGAAAUGUUCUGUUAACAUUUUGAUACUUAAAAACAAAAGUUGAUAUUCUGCCAACAAAUUCUGCUUAUUAUUUUGGAUGUAUAAUUGUGUUUCCCCUUCAAGCCAAGAAGUGUUCCUGCAUUGUAUAAGUUUCUGUUUUCCUGCUCCAACACAUGAGAUUUAGCAUCAUCAUUAGCAGGACAGUGCUGAAACUAUGUGGGGCAAUUUCACUGGGCCCCAUAGCACAAGUUGGCCUGCAGUGACCUGAUAUAAAUACCAACACAGUUUACACCCAUGACUUACAGAAGGAUCCAGUUUUAUAAUAACAUACCUUGCCAGUUAGCUUCCACUAACACUACACAGACAGCCCUGGUGUCUGUUUCUCUCCCUCUUGUUCACAGUGUAUCUCAUCUAUGCCAACCAUUUUCAUAUGGAUCAUUUUCAACCUGUAACAUGAUACAUUCAGUAUAACCCUAAAGUAUUAAAGAGGAAUUACACCAUUUUUUAAUGUUAUGCAUAAUCGAAUGGUUCAGAGUGGUUUAAUGAGAAAUGUGUUUAUUCUAGAGUCAGGACCGUUUACGGUGGUGAUAGACAUCUGACGCCUUUAAAGCAGCAGUCUCCAACCCUGGUUACUCCCUGCAGAGGUUACCUAGGCUCUACUACCCAAGGUACCUAAGGAAGGUAGCUCUCCAGGAGCAGGGUUGGAGGCCACUGUUCUACAGUGCCUAAAAGCUCUUUCACAGAAAGUUAUUAAACAAA